UUAUUCAUUUUUUAAUAUAGCUGAAGCCUUAUAACAAUGCCAGUGGAGGGGCCUCACGCCCCGACUGUGAAGCCAUAGGUGUUAGUUGACGUGGCUCCUGACAUGAAAUAAGCACUCGGUAAAUAAUAAUGAUGACAAUCCAUCACAUUCAUAAUCCAUUAUACAGUUUCCGGGCCGUUUUCACAUUCUCACUUCUGUCCCCCUCACGCGACAAGGUAGCUCUGUGAUUAUUUCGUCCUGUUUUACAAAAGCCGACACGGAAGCACGCCCAGGUCGGGAGAAGUCUCGGGAUCGCCGGCCCAGAGUGCCACGGCCGUCCUGCGGGCUGCGCUCGGGGGCGGGGCGGGGCGGGGCGGAGCUCCCGGCUCCCGGCAGGUGCGUCAAUCCACGGGGGAAUCCUCGGCUCCACCUGGGCGCGGCGAGGAAAUUGCACCAUGUAAGGGCAACUACGUCAGAGGGGGCGGGUCCGCCGAGGUCUGUAGGGAGCGCCCGGUCUACCCCUUUCCCCACGGUAAGGCAGUUGCCUGACUGUGGGAGGCGUGGAAAAGUUCGGCUCCGACUGGCAAAAGGCGGUACCGUCUGGAGAGGUGGAGCCUGGAGGUGACCCGCGCGGCUGCGAAACGCCCCCACCCCCCGCGGUCCAAGUGGUUCAGCCCGAGAACUCUUCAUUCAUAAAAAGAAAGGACUCCGCGAGGCUCCAGUGAGUCAGACCCCAAGCCGCCGACGCGGACCCUACAGAGCAGCCAGACCAGGGAAUGUUCCGAGACUUUGGGGAACCCGGACCGAGCUCCGGAGCCGGCAGCGCGUACGGUGGCCCCGCGCAGCCCCCAGCCGCGGCGCAGGCGGCGGCUCAGCAGAAGUUCCAUCUUGGGCCAAGCGUCAAUGCUGUGAGUGGUAGCCAGGAGCUACAGUGGAUGGUGCGGCCUCACUUCCUGGGACCCAGCAGCUACCCUCGGCCUCUGGCCUAUCCUCAGUACAGCCCCCCACAGCCCCGGCCAGGAGUCAUCCGGGUUGUGGGGCCACCUCCCGGGGUGCGUCGCAGGCCCUGUGAACAGAUCAGCCCCGAGGAGGAGGAGCGCCGGCGAGUGAGGCGCGAGCGGAACAAGCUGGCCGCGGCCAAGUGUAGGAACCGGAGGAAGGAACUGACCGACUUCCUUCAGGCGGAGACUGACAAGCUGGAGGAUGAGAAAUCCGGGCUGCAGCGAGAGAUUGAGGAGCUGCAGAAGCAGAAGGAGCGUCUAGAGCUGGUGCUGGAAGCACACCGACCCAUCUGUAAAAUUCCAGAAGGACCCAAAGAGAGAGACACAGCCAGUACCAGUGGCAAGAGCAGCCCACCAGCCCCCUGCCGCCCUGUACCCUGCAUCUCCCUGUCCCCAGGGCCUGUGCUUGAACCCGAGGCAUUGCACACUCCCACACUCAUGACCACACCCUCCCUGACUCCUUUCACCCCCAGUCUGGUGUUCACCUACCCCAGUACCCCUGAGCCCUGUGCCUCAGCUCAUCGCAAGAGUAGCAGCAGCAGUGGGGACCCAUCCUCUGACCCCCUUGGGUCCCCCACUCUCCUUGCUUUGUGAGGUACCCCAACCCCACUCCCUGCAGUGUUACCCUAGCCAACUUCUCCUCCACACCCAUUGGUCUAGCUGGCCUGGACCAUUCUGCAUGCCCCCAUCAGGGUCUUCAUUCCUCCACAUGAGACUGAGCAUUUUGCUUUGUGACAGAGCCAGUUUAGGGCCACCAAAGCUGCCCACUGUUUCUCUAGAGCUGGCCUCUAUAACAAUUUACACUAAAUCAGAGACAAAUAUUUCCCAUUUGGGCCACAGAAAUUCUGGCAGCCUGAAGACAUUUUGUAAAUACCUAGAGGUCCUCUGGAAUCCUAACCCCUUCCAGGCCAUCCCCACACUCUCCACGACCUUCUGCCUAUGACCCACUCAACCCUACCCCCUGACAGAAGGUGCCAUUCUACCAGCCUAGAACACUAACUCACUCAGCCCCCACUGCCAGCAGCAGCAAGUGACCAGACCAGGCCAUUUGCUGGCCCUUCCUGUGUGGCACAGUUCAGGAGGUGCCAGAGGCUUCCAUGAUGAGCUGACCUGCAGUCCCCUGCUCUAAGAAGCCUUUAGUUCCAGGGAUUCCAAGCCUCUACAGAAGACAGCUGCUAUUUAUUUUCCUAAAGAGAGUAUUUUUAUACAAACCUGCCAAAAUGGAAUAAAAGGCUUGAAGCUC